AUGACUUACUCGGUCAUUCUCCACGUUCCGCGCAAAUCGGGUAUCAGCUCUGAAGAGUUCAAACAUCACUGGGAGACCAUUCAUGUUCCGCUUGUUAAGAAGCUGGUCGGAUACGAGUUUCCUCUUUCUUAUACGCGGCACUAUAUCGAGCGUCCUGUUGCAACGCAUCCAGUUGACCCUGCUCUGGAUGGGAGUGGAACAACCGUUGAAGAAUCUCAAGGCUUCAGCGAUGUAGACGGCGUGGCGAUCCUCACAUUCGCAAACAAGGAGCACUAUGAUAAGUUCAGCAGGAAGUUGGUGGAGGCCAAGAAGCACGCAGUCUAUAAGGAAGACUUGGGUGGGUUUGUGGAUGUCGCGGCUUUGAAGGCCCUUUUCGCGGGCGAGACCAAAGCAACUGGUAGAGAUGGAGGCAUGGUGGGGUGGAGUUUCGUGGGGAGUGUUUGA